AUGCCACAUUGUAAGGAAAUAAAAUUUGUUAACGUCUGGCGCACAUGUAAUAAAAUUAGAGCAGCGAUUUUUCGCUUGGGCAUAAAUCUUUAUGAUUAUUUCAAUGAAGUGGACGUUCACGGGAUAUGCUUAAUUUCUGAAUCUCAGUUCAUAUCGGUAGUAAAUGGACAGCUUGGAGCAAUUAUAGGAUUAUCUGACCAAGAAAUUGCAGAAUUGGCAGAUUAUUUUCGAGUUCCAGAUGGAAGAAUUUAUUACACACAAUUAUGUGAUGUUAUCCAUCAGAGUGUACCAGACUUUGAUAAAAAUCCUUGCCUAACAACAGGCUUGGAAUGGGAAGAUCCUAUGCAUGCAAACAGAUUAAGUGCCACCGAAGAGAGACGUUUAAGUCUUCUAAUAACAAAAAUUGCAUCUUUAGUUAAUAUAAGGAAACUGAUAUUGAGGCCAUAUUUUCAGGACUAUGAACUGGUUGCAAAAAAUAGCGGAACAAUUAGCUUUGCCCAUUUUGCUAGAAUAUUGGCAUUUCUGAACAUACUUGUUUCUGCUGACGACUUUAAUCUCCUGGUUAAAAAAUAUAAAAAGGAUUGCUACACUCUCAGUUACCUAGGAUUUCUAAGUGCUAUUGAUCAGGUUGUCGAAUAUAUGAAUAAAAAUGGGAUUUUAGAUUUAAGUGGGGACAUCAUAAGCCUUUUUCCGGGAAGGGUGAUUUACGCAGAAUUACCAAAAUUACCUAGACCAGAAAUAGGCAAAAUCUCAGCGGUCCGGCUCUUUGGGACCCAAAAUAUAUUUCAUCCAGCUCUUAAUGACCCCAAAAAGUUGCAAGACAUAUUAACAACAAUGGUUUCUAUUCAGGAUCAUGUCUUGAAAAACAGAUUAAGGGUUAAUGAAUUCUUCAAGGACUUCGACGUAAUGAACUGCGGCAGAAUUACUGUGUCUCAGUUCCACAGAGGCUUAGAUGCAUUACUUCUUAGCGGAAGACAAAGGCUUUUUAUAUCCUUACCAGAAGUCCAAACAGUUAUUAACCAAUAUAAGGAUCCAUCGGACCCUACAACAGUGUGUUGGAAAACGUUUGAGGAUGAUGUUGAUCACGUGUUUACAACAAAGGGUCUAGAGAAAGCUCCAAGUUUAAGAAUAGAUCCACCACCUAUGGAAAUUCGAGAGUUACCUAGACUAGGAGGAAAACAUUGGCAGACUGUGAAUCCUUCUAUGCGAUCCUUGUGCGAAGAAGCUGUAGACAAAGUCAAACAAAAAAUAAUACACAGGAGGAUAUUACUAAAACCAGUAUUCAAAGACUUUGAUAAGCAUAACAAUGGUCACGUUAGCAGAAGCCAAAUGAGACAAGCGCUUUGUUCAAAUGGCAUCCUCCUAUCUGAUGAGGAAGUUGUAGCUUUGGAAGAACGAUUUAAUAAUGAUAUGGGUUUCAAUUAUGUUUGGUUCCUAAAAGACGUAGAACCACGUCCUGAUGAAGAGCCAUUGCCAGAGAAAAUUAAACCAACCAGACAAGAGCAGGAUAUCGUUCAGGUUAUGGCUAAAGUUAAAGGGAAAGUUGUUAGAGAGCGGAUCAGAGUAUUGGAAUUUCUGCGAGACUUUGACAGAUGUAACGAACGUGUUAUUAGUAGAGAGAACUUUAAAAGAGGUUUGUCAGUAUGCAAGCUGGAACUUACUGAAAACGAACUUGAAACUUUAAUGGACGUUUUUGCCUCUCCACUGAGAAGAGAGUGCGUAGACUACAGAAGAUUUUCGGAUGUUGUUGAAGAAGCAUUUACACAAAAAUGUCUUGAGAGAGCACCUCUAAUAGUACCUGUUCAACAUGUGCCAACAAGGGACUGUGAAAAGAAUUUCCUCAAUUUCGACGAACGUCAAAUUUUAUCAGUUGCUUUACAAAAAUUAGCUAAAAAACCAGACCUCCAAAUGAACCUUUCCUCAGUUUUGCAGGACUUCGACAAGACAAACUGCGGCACAGUUUCGACAACGAAUUUCCUACAGGCUCUUACGUUGAGGGGAAUGAAUAACCUAAUAUCAAGUCAAGAGUUCGAUAUGAUCUGUAAAUGCUUCAGUUUUGAGAGGGGGAUGAGAAAUGAAGUAGAUUACAGGGCGUUCAUGAAAGCUCUUGAUAUUUUAUAUGCCACUGAAAAGUAUAAUCCAUUUUAA